AUGACAGACAGCUGCCUCCAGAGUCACACACGACGCUUCACAUCUGUCUGUAAGGGUCGAGUCAGGUAGGUUUUACAUUCAUAGAGUAUAGUUUUUUAUAAUAAAAAUAAAUAAUUAGCAAACAAGUCAAUAUUUCCAUUACACUUCCUCCAAACAUUGAUACCCGAUAAACGAGGCGGAGUCAGAUGUCACGCUCAUGCUAAAUCUCUGAUGCCCCGUUAGGCCCCGCCCAUUUGUUUGAAACCCCAACAGCGCCAAACCUCCGAGUCUGAAGAUGAGCGCAGAUUUUAGCGCAGAGCCGCAAUGGAGGAGAGUUCACACGGUGACUGGGGUGGUGCCGCGGUCCAGACAUGGACACCGAGCCGCAGCCAUACGGGAGCUCAUCAUCGUGUUCGGCGGUGGAAACGAGGGGAUAUCCGAGGACCUCCAUGUUUACAACACGGUCUCCAAGCAGUGGUUCCUCCCAGCUGUGAGAGGGGACAUCCCACCAGGCUGUGCUGCCCACGGCUUCGUCUGCGAGGGCACUCGAAUACUGGUGUUUGGCGGCAUGGUGGAAUUCGGCAAAUACAGUAGCAGCCUCUACGAACUUCAGGCCAGUCGCUGGCUGUGGAAGAAGCUGAAGCCCAGAGCCCCCAGGAAUGGCUUGCCUCCCUGCGCUCGGAUUGGACACAGCCUUACUCUUAUGGGCAAUAAGUGCUACCUGUUUGGAGGCCUGGCCAAUGACAGUGAAGACCCCAAUGGCAACGUGCCAAGGUACAUGGAUGACCUUUAUGAGCUGGAGCUGCAGGCGGCAUCAGGUGUGAGAGGCUGGAGCAUCCCAGAAACAAAGGGUGGCGGUCCUUCAGCACGGGAGUCUCACAGCGCAGUGGCUUACGUUGGCCUCAGCUCGCCGAAGCUCUACGUCUUCGGAGGAAUGCAAGGAUGUCGGUUAGACGACCUCUGGCAGCUUGACCUUGAAACAAUGGUUUGGUCAAUGCCCGAAACAAAGGGUUCCAUGCCACUUCCCAGAAGCCUUCACUCUGCCACUGUAAUCGAAAACAAGAUGUACGUGUUUGGAGGCUGGAUUCCUGUUCCGGAGCUGGACAAACACAACGCUUCAGAAACCAAAUGGAUCUGCACCAACUCUUUAAGUGUGCUCAACUUGGAGACGAUGAACUGGCAGAACAUAGGACCAGAGGAGCAAGACGAAAUCGAGUCCCCGCUGCAGAGUCAGGGACCUCAGAGUGACGACACGUAUGCUUUUAGGCCCAGAGCCAGGGCCGGUCACUGCGCCGCGGCCGUUGGAUCCAGGCUUUACAUUUGGAGCGGACGCGACGGAUACCGUAAGAGCUGGAACUACCAGGUCUGCUGCAAGGAUCUCUGGUACCUGGAGACUGCACGACCAGCAUCCCCAGAGGCAGUGUUACUUGUCAAAUCCACCGUCAGCAUGCUCCAUGUGGCUUGGCGCCCCCUGGCUGCAGUAGACUGCUACAUCCUUCAGAUGCAACCUGUGUGUCCUAACACUGCGGCCAGCAGUUCGUGUGACAAACCAGGGGAGCCCACACCAACCGGUGGACAAGAGGGGAAGAACAAAGAUCCUAAAGGAGUCCAGUCUUAUCAAACUGAAACUGAAGGAACCACAAACAGACAAGAGAAGGCUUCAAGUCAGGAUGCUUCAGUGCAGCAGGAAACUGUGGUGAAAUCGUCCGGUGGCUCAGCACAGACACAAACACCAGGAGGGAAGAUUGAUGCAGGGAGAGACACAGACAUUUCAGACACAAAGAGCGGCUCAGCUGCUGGACAGGAGACCUCCGCAACAGAGGUCCACGGCUUAGCUCAGCCCCUGUCAGAUAAACCUGUUUCUACUGAUAAGACUUCUGAUUUCUACGCCCAUGCAGAUCAGCAGAAUCCAGAAGAAGCAGCAUGGUUUGAUGUUGGUGUGUUUAAAACACUCUACUCUGAGGUCAACCACUUCUUUCUACCCAACGAUGGUAACCAGGUGACUGCAGCUGUCAGCAGCCGGCCUCCGAACACUAAAGAGGCUUUCCUACAGAGGAAGCAGCCGGGGCCUCAGGACUACCAGGGCAGAGAGAAGCAGGAGCUCACUCCAGGUCAGACCUACAGGUUCAGAGUUGCAGGCAUCAACUGCUUUGGUCUAGGAGACUUCAGCCCAGUCAGCGAGUUCAAGACCUGUCAACCUGGUUUCCCUGGAGCGCCCUCUGCUGUCAAGAUCACCAAGGCCAAUGAUUCAGUCAACAUCACGUGGGAGCCUCCGUCCUCUCCGUCGGGCCGCAUCCUGGAGUAUUCCAUGUACAUGGCUGUGAGGAAAAGCCGCUCCACUUCUUCUGAGCGCCCGGGUCAGUUGGCUUUCAUCAGGAUCUACAGGGGCACCAAGACUUCCUGCUCCAUCAGCUCCACCCAGCUGGUCAACGCCCACAUCGACUGCUCAGCCUCCAACCGUCCAGCUGUCGUCUUCCGCAUCGCUGCCAAGAACGAGCAGGGCUACGGCCCGGCCACGCAGAUCCGCUGGAUCCAAGAUCCCAUUAAAUUGCGACCAUCUGCAUCCAAAGCAGACAUAAGUGCGGAGGCUGGCAGAGAUGCUGCUGACAGCUCCAGCUGAGAAAGUUAGAUCCUAUGAUGUUUGAAAAAUACGGCUCUCAGGAAGGUGGUCAUGGCACUCGGAUGUUACUGAUGCCUUACAUAGUUUAGUUAAUUUAUUUUUUUAUGUAUUUAAUUCGUCCCCUGUAAAUAUAUAUAUAUAUAUAUAGACACAUUCCCAGAAGCUUCACCUCUCGACUAUUUUCCAUAACAACUGUUUUGUUAUGUAAAAAUUGUGAUAUGUGAUUUGAUCAGAGUUGAACAAGCACCAAUAUUUUUUGUAUUGAUUAUUUAAAGCUCUGUUAACAUUGGAGGUGCCUUAUUUCCUGUUUCACCACACACUUGCAUGUCACGUUUGUGAAUAAAGCACCAGUGGGGAGAGAUUUUCA